CAGCUAUUUCUUUGGUUCUUGGAUUUGCUUAAAUCAAAUCUUUAUAGAUAAUUUUUUACUUUAAAUUUCUCUAUAUUAAACGUUCAUGGAAAAAUAACUUAAAAUGUCUACGGAAAACAAUUCUCCAUUACCGCAAACCAUGUCAGAAGGAGCCCUAAACCUGGUGCAAGAGAGAUUGACAGGAGCUGAAACGGAGACAAAAGACCUCGCUAACAUGCUCAUGGACCUUGGAAUAACUCCUAACAAAGAUCUACUUGAUGACCAGGCUUACCAGUUGACAUUACAGUCUCCUGAAUUCCCAACAUCUGUAAGUGACUGGUUGAACAAAGGGGCAGAAAAGAAAUCCGAGAAAUCUGUUCGAUUUGGAGAUGUUCCAUUAGAAAGAUCAACCAAGACUUCCCACCAUCCUAUAUUAAAGAAGCAAACACCAAUUCAACCAUUAAAAGUUAACUUUAACACAGAAAAUACAAGAGGGAAGAAAACGUCUUUGAAAAUGAAGUCCGAGCAAUAUCAGAAGUUGGUUACCAGGUUGUGCAAGACAGAAAGCGUCAUUCAAUCUUUGAAAUUAAGUCUUUGCUCAAUGCAGACAACACAUGAGACUGCUGACCGGGAAAAGAACAUUGUCAUUGAAAAAUUAAAAGAAGAGAUUUCUCACCAAGAAAAUAAAAUAAAGAAACAAGAAGAAGAGAUAAACACGGAGAGGAGGAGCAGGGAGGAUGUUGAUCAACGUUGGAAGGAGGCCGAGAUGGAAGUUAAACAGCUUCUUGAAAAACUUGAUCAAGCUACCAAUAGGAACACUGUGUCCUCUUCUGAAGAUGUGGUUGCCAGAGACAAACUCAUCCGGAAGAUUGAAGAGUUGAAGAAAGAAUCCUCCCGGGAGCAAGAGAUGAGGGAGACAAUUGAAAACUCUCAUCUUUCUCUUUUAUCCCGAGUACAAGAUAUUGAAGAUGAGUUGCAACGCGAGCGUGCACAGACUGAUGAAUUAAAAAAAGAAAACAUGAAUUUAAAAUCAUCAAGUGAAGCACACAGUAAACAAACAGAGCAAUGGAAUGUUAAAGCAAGAGAAAUGGAACAAACGCUUGCGAUGUUUAAAGAAGAAUUAGAUGCAAAAGAAGAAGCUAUUCGAAGGUUAAUAAAUGAACAGCAAUCACAUUCUGUUGAAAACGCUACAAUCGCUUCACAACAGAAUGCCCUGCAGAAGGAAAUUAAGGAAUGUAAUAUUGUACUUGAAGCACAAAAGUCUGCUUUCACACAACUACAAACAGAGAACCGGGACUUGCAAGAUGCUCUUGAGGAGGAAAGAGCAAAAGUGGAGGAUUUGGAGGAGGAUUUAAAAAAGAAACAAGAAGAGAACAUGGAGAGGGGGACUGUGGAAGAGAAACAGAGAAAAGAACAAGAAAAGAAAUUAAGAUCAGAAAUGAGACAGGUUUUAAAAAAAGAAAAACAGAAAAUGUCAUCGUUGGAAGCAAAAAAUAAAACUCUUGAAAGUUGCUUAAAGAAACAAGAGAUUGCUCUCAAAGAGAAAGAGGAGGAUUUGGAGAAGAAAGAGCAAGAGUGGGAGCGAAUAAUGAAUGAGGAGAAACAGAACACAGCACUGGCAGUUAAAGAACGAGAUGAAUUGAUGAAAACUCGUGAAAAUCUUAUGAAGGAAUUGAACAAAGCAGCAAGUGACGUAACGAGAGAAAAAGAAUUUUUACAACAACAACUUGAGGAGAUAAAGUUGGAGCAAGAUAUCUUGAAACGGGAAAAAGAUCAGUUGGAAGAAGAAAAUGUGAGGUUAAUGGACAGCGUUGCAUCUGUGGAACAACAGGAAGCGAUUUAUAAGCGAGCUCAAGACCUUGCAGCUGCCUCAAACCUUGCAAAGGGUCAGCUUUCGUAUGAUAACGGAAAGUUAAAGACUCGUGUUGAACAGCUUGAAGAAGAAUUACGAAAUAUAGCCUCAGUGCAGUCACAAGUUGUUCAACUGCGCGCAACCAAUCGCGCGUUGGAACAAAAAUAUUCGCAAGUUGCUACAGAGGUGGCAAACUCAAGGGUGGAAUCGAACAGAAUGCAAUCUCAUAUUAAACAGUUACAACAUGGCAUGGAAAGAAAAGAAGCGGAUUUCAACUUAGCUAUAACUGCUCGGGAUGAAGCUGUAAGAGAUAAGGAGGUAGCCAUGGCUCAAAUAGAAGUCACAAAGGACCAGGAAAAAAGUCGGGUUUCGCAAAUGAAGAGAGAAUUAUCAGAUUGUCGAUCAGACAACGCUCGUCUAUCAUCCACGAUAGAUGACAUCACAACACGACAAGCGCAACUACAAGAGGUGUUGGAUCAAGUGCAAACUAAACUUGGGAGGAAGGAUGGACAACUGGCAGCUCUUACUGACGAAAAAUCUCAGCUUGAACACCAAGUUCACAUCCUGAAUACAGAGAUUGCAAAGUUAGAAUCCACAUCGCAUAAUCGUGAUGCUCUUGAACAAUCACGUAUAACCCCUGCAUUGGAAGCGUUAGAACGAGCGCGACACGAUAACGUGAGGCUGGCUGCUUCUCUAGAUGAUGUUUUACGAACCAAUGCACAACUUAAGGACGAUCUUGAUAAAUGCAAGACGGAUCUUGAAAUCCAGCGUGAGCGAAACGAGACGAUUCUUCGUCAGCAGAAAUCCUCAGAAGAAGAAGCUCUUCUCACAUCCCGGAGCAACAAUGAUCGUCUCCAGCAGAUGAAGGAUCAGUUUAAUCGGGAAAGAUCGGCGAUCAAACGACAACUAACUACGCAAGUUAAUGAGUUAAAGAAAACAGCUGAAUCUGCCCAAUCACGCAACACACAACUUACUCGAGGAAAUUCCGAGCUUCGUUCCAAACUCGCUGAUCGGGAACAAACAAUCGCAAAACAAAAGGAAAAGAUGAAACAGCAGAAAAUAUCCUUGGAUCGGAUGCAAGCAGAGAGGAAGAGCAAGAUCUUCACUAAUCAGAGGAUUAAAGAAAUUGACAGUGAGUUGGGAGAAUUGGAGAAAACGAAGCAAAGUUAUAUCGAAAAACAUAAAGAACAAGCUUCCAUUAUCGCUACCUUUAACACUGAGGUAUCAUCACUGCAAGAAGACAUAGCAGCACUUAGUCAUGCGCAGAAGUUAUCCCGUGAAACUAGCUCUAAGUUGGAGUCAGAGCUGGGGAAAGAAAAAGCGGAAAAAGAAGUUCUUAUCAACAAAAUACAGUCGCUUGAUGGCGCCCUUAAGCGAGCAAUCAACGAGAAACAAACGGUGGAGGAAAAACUAAGGAAGGUUCAAGUUGAAUCUAUACAAGUACAACAUAACCUACAGGAAGCCCAAUCCUGGUUCAAAAAUAAAUUCCAAGUUUUAGAAAAUGAGCUUCCAACCAAACAGAUGUCUGCUGGUGAUACAAGGCAUUGAUGGAUAUUAUGUUUAAUUCAAGUUAGACAACUUCCACUGUACUUUGUUUCAUCCAUUGUGUGUAUGGGCUAUAGGGCCAAAUCUGUCCCAGGUUCUCAAAGAUAUCACCCAUUAUGUAUUAUUUCCUUAUAUAGUAUGGUAGGGGAAGAUGGGACACCUUUUUAUUCCAUUUUCUUUCCCCAUUUGGUAGUAAAUAAAGAACAUUCAUGAAUCAUAAAACCGUAUCCUCACGACUCCCAUGUACCGUUGUUAAUUGUUUAAAACACGAUCAGGAUAUUUAGAUAUUAUGUGCUACAGGUGUCCCAUCUUCCUGUACUGUAUAGAUAGUAGUUUGUCUUUAAGCAAAUAUCCUAUGUUUUAACAGUAUUAAUAUAUACUUGACUUACUGUG